CGUAGCAAUGUAGUCAGUGUAGCCGGGCAGACUGUGAACUGUCUAAGACUUACAGAAAAGAAAGCAUUGAGUGUUUGAGUAGAGUGCAGAUAGAUGUGUAUUACUGUGAAUUUGUCAGCGGAUAUUUUAUUCUGUGAAUGUUUAGCCUGUUUAACUAGUAUCGUGUGUUAUUGGUCUCGCUGAUAUCACUGUUCAGUUUUUCACAGGAACAUGUAACUACAACAUAGAAAGAAUUAACUUUUUAUGUGUUAACACAUAGGAUUUUCUAGUGUGUACACAAUGAAGACAUACGUGUACAGUGUACGCCUCGUGUGUGUUCUGGCGUGUCUAGUGAUGGCGGUUGAUGGUCAUGGGCGUCUCUGGGAUCCACCAAGUCGGAGUUCAAUGUGGAGGAGGGGGUACAACACCCCUGUUAACUAUCAGGAUAACGAGCUCUUCUGUGGGGGAUUUAGUCAUCAGGUAAGUCUAGGCUACAAGUGUGGACUGUGUGGAGAUCCUUAUGACGGAGUUCGCGAGAAUGAAGAGGGCGGCAGAUACGCCACUGGACUAGUCACACGAACAUACACUCAGGGGCAAAGGGCCACUAUUCAAGUGGACAUAACCGCCAACCACAAAGGAUAUUUCGAGUUUAAAAUUUGCCCGACCAAUAACCCUAAAGUGAGAACCACCCAGGAUUGUCUUGACCGCUAUCCUCUACAAAUGGCCGAUGGGUCGGGCACGCACUACAAGAUCAGCGCGGAAUCGAAGAUGUUUUACGUUGACGUCAUCCUUCCCGCGGAUCUCACCUGUGACUUCUGUGUGCUACAGUGGCGCUACCACGCAGGUAACAACUGGGGCCAAGAUCCAGACGGUAAACAAUGUGUGGGCUGUGGGUACCAAGAAGAGUUCUAUGGCUGUGCUGACAUACGAAUCCUGCCAGCCGGAAGUUCUGGAGCUGCCACCUUCAAGCCUGUGUACCCAGCAACACAAACAUUCAAGCCUGUGUACACAGCAACACAAACAACACCCAGGACAUCCCAGCCUCAAACGACUAAAAGGAUUUCAAGUUUCGCCUCAGCGAAGACUUCGAUGAGCAGCGGAUCUUCCAGUAAUGGUGUGGCCAGUCAGAUCAACGGGGAGGAGAUGUCUUGUACAGGUGUGGCAGGCAGGAGAGACCUCGACACCUGGUGCCAGGUGAACUGUCAGGUGGGGAACUGCCCAUCGACUCACUGCACCUGCAGGAGCCAGCCGUACGUGUAUUACGGGGAGAGACCGGCAGGAUGCCGGGCUGCCGGAGCUUAUGCGGCUGUUCCCGGAUAUGAUAAUUGGUGUAUGGUCAACUGCGCAGCCGACUACUGCCCGAAGACCAUAUGUGUAUGCACGUGAUGCGUGUGAGGUACACAACACACGUGCAGAGACAAUGUACCCACAUACAAGGGAAUUCCGAUUAACAAUGUCCAACAAACAAAAGACUCUUCUAAAAAGAGGUCUUAAGUUGUAUUGUAAUGUCAUCUUUAGCUUUAGGGUCAGAUUUUAGAUAAAGUCUAUGUAUAAGCUUGGUUUAGACUUUGUAUUAGGGGUAGUUUAGUGAAGACAUUGCUCUUAAAAAUAGUUACUGUUUUACUAACAGUAUAUUUAACAUUUUGACAAUCUUCGGAUACUUUGUUAUAAUCGGAAGCAGGUUUCAAAAAUAGGCCUAGCACCCCCCCCCCCAACCCAAAAAAGAAAACUUAAAAAAACCACCUAUUUUUAAUGUAGACCUAGACAUUUAAAAUUAUACACUAUAGGGCCUACUUGUCCCACCCUAAAAAGCUUUAAAUAUGCAUUAAAGUGUGACAACCAAAAAAAAACUAAAAGUAAAAAAUGCUUGUAUGUCUACUCUAAUAUUUCUGAACUUGCUGAUAUAUAACCUAUAAAUAUAAGAACCAUGUAUUCUAAGUUAAAUGAUUGUAUUAAGAGCAUAAUAAUCAAAAUAUAAUUACAGAGCAUCUGAUUUAUGCCUUGUUGGCAUUUACAAUUUUCCAUUUGCGGAUCUGAAGUGUUCGUGUUGGGUACCACCAACGAUUUAAAAAUCUCCCUGAAUGACUAACGUUUUAGGAAUACUUCUCAAUGGGCUAUACAUAUUAUGAAUAUGCUUCUGUGUUCAAUAAUUGCAAAACAAAAAAAAAUUAAUAAUUUAAAACAAUAUUUUUUUUAAAAAUGCAUUUAUAUAUCAUCGAAUUAAAAAAUGUGUGUUGUUAAAAUGUUAUGAUAAUGUAUAAAAUUAUUAACCACCCUG